UGCAUGUGGAUACCAACACUGAGAGUAAAGGACUUUAGAUAAAAGCUAUAGUGACUGUUUGGUCUGAAUGUCUAUGCCAUGCCUAAACAUGUUCAACACUGAGAAGCAAGGUCUCUGCCCUCCCUCUGUGGACCCAAGAAUCUCCUUCUCAAAUGAUUUUGCAGACAUUCAACAACCUUCCAAGCAUGAUAACAUCUACAGAGAAGCUCCGGUUUCCUCAGACUUCGAAUUCUCUGUCAAAAACUACACCAUGGCACCCGCAGAUGAGGUAUUCUUUCAGGGAAUGCUAUUGCCAGUGAAGAAUAGUUGCACCAAUAACCAGCAGCGAAAGAUGACUUUAAGAGAUGAACUCUCUGUUGAUGAUGAUUAUGAGAAUGUGUUUCCAAGGAUAUCAAAGAAUGGAAGCCGUUGGAGAGAGCGGCUCGGCCUCAAAAAGGGUAUCUCUGCAUCUAAAAAAUGUGACAAGAAUGGUGGUAUGCUGGAAAGUGUAGUUGAAGAGAAAAGCAAUAUGUUUGUUCAUGAGGACAGCUUUGUUGGCAAGAAAACCCAGGAACUAUUUUUUGAGGCCUUGAAGGAGGGUUAAGCUGCAAUGUUAAACAGAAUAUGAUGCAACCAAUAACAAGGAUUGAAGUAAAAAAAGGAUGUACUAAAGAGAUAGCAGUGGCAAUUUUCAAGGGAAGGGGAUUGAUUGUCUUAUAGUUAGCUAAUAUUGUGAAGGUACUGUAUGGAUAGUGGGCUCUACUGUAUGUUGAGGUUUGAUUUGACUCUUUGAUUUUUCUAACUCUCGGUUUUUUUCUUUCCCUUUUGACUCAAAAUAACCCCCUCCUCCCAUAUUCCCAUUGGAAAAAAGAAGGGUCGGCUGUUUUUGUUCUGUACAAAAUGUUUGCAGUUGAACUCCCAUGUAUUGAGUAUUGUUCAGUCAAUCAGUCAAUGUAAUCAUCAAUUCAUUUCUUGCCCA